CGCGGCUGUCAGCCGCUAAAAAAAACAAUUAAAAAAGUUCAAGCGCGCCAAAGUGUGUUACAUUUGUGGGUGUUUUUUAUAAGACUAUUUUGUGUCUGGAUUUUGGAUACUUUAUACUGGAAAAAUGAUUACGCGGCGGAGAUCGACGCUGCUCCUCUGGUGUCUCAUCUCACUGUCAUUGGCAGAAGACACUCCCCCCGGCCUCGUGGCGAAAGACAGCGAGCAAGACCUAGUGGCUGAAGCGACGCAGUCAGGUAAUUGUACAGGUGCACAGGCUCAGAAGCGCGAGGCAUCGUUAUCAAACUCUUACGGAGAGCCGCUGCCUGCCGACGCCUAUGGACCCCCGAGAGAUAACUCCAAUGGUCUCCAGCACCCAGCGCCCGUAUUCCAGCAGCAGGACUUCCAGAACAACGUCUUCGACACCCCACCUGGCGCCUACGGACCCCCUCAGCCCAUCGUCUUCCCCAGCCAGGGCUACGAGGGACCCCCGCCCCCCGUGCGCAAACCUCAGCCCAUCUACGGACCCCCCAAACAAACCUACGGACCCCCUAAACAAAUAUACGGACCCCCCAAACCCGUCUACGGACCCCCUAAGAAAACCUACGGCCCCCCAAAACAGACCUAUGGAGCACCUUUCAAACCACCGAAAAUUCAAUUCCCUAAACCAGUUUACGGCAUCCCGAAACAAAUGUAUGGACCCCCUAAACCUGUUUAUGGACCGCCUAAAAUACAGACCACCUACGGCGCUCCAGUGAACAACAUACCUUUGCCAGCGCUACCUGAGCUGCCACCGAUUAAUCUGCCACAGAACUUCGGCACAGGAAUCGGAAACAUCGAUUUACCAGCGACCAUCUACGGAACCCCCAUCCCAUCUUUACCUUUAGACCUGAAACCUAACUUCCCCGUCCCAUCUGACACUUACGGGCCUCCUGGACACGCUAUCGGACCUAUGGGACCUAACGAGCAAGUUGUCGUUCAAGAUAUCGGCAGCAUCGGACAUUAUGGUCCUCCCCAACCUGAUCCGAACCCAAGGCCACCGCAUCCAGGCAUCCCCGCCCCGCCUACUCCCCCUCAUGUACUCUACGAUGGAUGGAAACCGAUUCCUGGAGUCUCCAAACCUUUUAUUGAGAACGUAGACAAUCAUAUCGGAGACCAAUACGGACCGCCACCGCCAGCGCCUGUCCAAGAAAUCCAUUUGAAUUUAGAUGGCCAUUCGCUCCCAAAUGUGAACUCAGGCCACUCUUUCUCUCAUGGAUCUGGAGCUCAAAUAUCUACAGGCUACUCCAACGUACACCAGGAUAUCUUAGCUAAUAUUGACUUGAACGCUAUUGUCGGUGGAGACUCGAACCACAUUGAUCAAUCUAAGACUGUGUUUGAAGCGCAUUAUACUGAACCGAGCCAUGAUCUUGGUGUUCAAAGUCUUCCGCUGUCGCAGAAUAAGCCUUUUGAUACUUACGGCGCACCACCUGUGGAGUCCCUGUCAGGAGGAUCAUAUCCUGCUUCGAUUAGACAACAGGGCGCCAAAGGCUUAGUUCCGCCUUCAGGUGUUUAUGGAGUACCGCCUGGAAGCCAAUAUGGAGCUCCCCCGCGCCCACCGCCAGCGAAUCUCCCCAUUCCUUACGGAAGUCACUCCGGCGGCGGACAUUCAGGCGGCAGCUCUCCUCGACACCCUAUCAAAUUUAGGGAUUCCGUCCCAGAAGGACUGUUCCAAAACAUCGGCCAAACUACACGCGUGAAAGAUGCCCAUAACAUCGACCAUAUCAAACAAGGACCGGCGUAUCUCCCUCCACCUGUCAGGGAAGUUAAGGACGCGAAUCAUCAGAUCGGCAACUUUGGCAUUGGAAACCUUGCCUUAUCCAUCGAGCCUUCGAGCCUUUUCACUCUGCCGCAUGCCGGGAACCCUAUCAACUUCCAACAUGUACAGCAACCUAGCAAUCUGUAUGGCUCUCCUAUCGACUCUUAUUCAGCACCCCUUGGAACCAUUGCCGACCAUACAGCUUCUGGCUCUAACACAAAUACAGUAACAGCUUCUUUAGACGGUACGAUCUUGGCUAACCUUUCAAACUUGGACGCGGCCGCCAUUUUGAAACACUGUCCGUACCACGAAGCUAUUCUUAAAGCGGCUCAAUUGGGGGAGAAGAUACCUUCAGACUUAGCAUCCAGCUACGUCGCCAGUCUGAGCUCUUUAGGAUCGACCUUAUCUAAGAGCCAACAGACUUUAAUGUCGCCUCAGAACGGGUUCAACACACCCGUGCCUGGAAGCGAGUCAGUCUCAUACAAUUCUAAAGACCUAGACACUGCCUCUCACACAUUAGUUCAAGCGAUUCUUCCAACCAAUAACAUAAAGAGUGAAAAGACGGAAAAGACAAGCAUACAGAAAGGUAAAUCUAUAAAAGACGAGUCUGGCAAGCAUAGUUACAAACAUGAAGGUCUGCAGCAGCAAAUCUUACAAACGUCUGAGAAAAUCAGGAAUUUGAGUGAGGAGACUAAGCAACUACAACAGAAGAUUGUAUCGACGAGCCAAAGCUUGAAUCAAGUCAAUGGGCAAAUAUCACAAUUCGGGCAGAGAGAGAAGAGCAAAGGCAACAGCUAUUCGUAUCAAAUACAGUCUUCCGCUGACCACAAUGGCAAAGGACAACCUUCGAUUCCUCACGAGCAAUUACUAUCCGAAGGUCUGCUGCAAAGUAUCUUGCAAGCAAUUGAACAGCCUUCUCAGAAACCUAGGCAAGUGAAGGUACAGAACCAGAACAUCAAUUUUGAACAAGCCAGCACUUUAGAUUUAGCUAAUUUAGACGCUGGUGGUCUCAUCCUGCCUGCUGGUUACGAACCAAUCGAUAGAACCAAAGAAAAAGAAAAAGGUCAAAAACAAGAGAAGCAGGUAACUGUUGAUCAAGAGAUACAGAGCACUAAUAAAGACAUCAAACAGAUACUUAACAGUGAAAUAAUACACAGACAUAGAGGAGACAUUCCACACACAGAAUGCGAUUUAAGAGCUGACCACUCGGUCACUCACACUAUUGUAGUGCCUCCACCAAACGUUGAUAAAGUAGCGCCAGUGGAAGAAAUCGAUGAUAACGAUGUAGCCAUCUAUUUUGACGAGAAAACUGAAGUGACUGAAAAGCAGGAGCCGGUCACUGAAAUCUCAGUAGCGACGAGUAUAAGCGAAGGGGAGUAUGAAAAACCUGAAUUUGGCGAUAAAAUUGAGAAGAAGCAAUCGUAGGUAAUGUCUGGAGAAUCUAGUCUGUAGAACAGUGAGUUGAUAAAAGAAUUAAUAAGACUCUUAGAAACAAUGAAAGAUUUUGGCUGGGAGAAGAAAAAAAGAAAGGGAUUUGGUAAAAAAAUGAAUGACAAGACAUAAUACAAUCUAAUAACAUCACGUCCGCAAAUAGAUGGACAAUUAUUUGUGAUUUUGAUGCCAUAAUACGAAGAAUAACUUUUGGCUCAGAAGCAGGAUUAAGUCACGUAUUUUCAAUUAGUCAUACCUUUCUAAAUUGUUUUCUUUGAUAGUUUAGUUAAACACAAGUCAGAAGAGGCUCACUGGAAUCAAAAUGCCAUCUGUUUGCUGAUUUCUAAAUAUCCCUUUGUUAAAGUAAAUUAUUUAAAAAAAAAUUACCACUAGAUUUUGCCCGCGGUUUCUCUCGCGUUAGCCUAUCUCACUUUCCAUCCCUUCAACUAUCUCCGCCUAAAAAAUCACGUCAAUUCGUCGUUCCGUUUUGCCGUUAAAGACGGACAAACAAACAGACACACACACUUUUAAAUUUACAAUAUUAGUACGGAUAUUUUUUUUUCAAGGGAUAUAUUUAGAAAUAAGCACUCUAAAAAGUGUCUGGAUUAAAACAAUGAUUCGACAUCUUUUUCAAAUGAUUUUAAAAUUAACGAAUUUAAUCUAACUUAUUUAUUAAUAACGCCAUCUAUUACAGAUCUGAGAAAACUCCACCGUUUAAGAGCUCUAUUUCUUUAGAUCUUUGUAAACUGCUUGAGAUUUCUCAGAUCAUUAUUUAACUAUCAUUAUUUAUGUCUUUAACCUUAGUUGUAGUUUUAAUUUUAAGCAAUUCAGUAUUUUCUUGUCUCUCCACUAUUUAUUGAUCUUUGGUAAGUGGAUGUCUGUAUGUACGGUAGUACAAAUGUAUUUCUUUAAGAUUAAAGGAAAUGUACAGUA